GAUAUUACUUUGGUUUAUGGGGCAUGCUAGGGGUAAACCAAAAUAAGGUAUCUCAUUUAUACAUCAGAUAAACAAGUGUCUGUGUUUUACAAUAUUAAAUGUCUGUGUUUACCUCGUCUUGGUGUACUCUAGAUUUAUUGGUAUUUAUUUGUGGGGCACCUUGACAUUAUCACACAUAUUGACUCAUAGUUUUUCGGACUUUUACCCUCACAUAUUCACUCACAUUUUGACCGACGAGGAGGCAGGCAAAUAUUUGCACAGUGCACUCAUCUCCUCAUCCAGGGGCCGGCCAGUUCAUUGAGAGCUAUCAUCCUUGUUUUCUGGCUCGUCUUCUCCGCGGCUGGGAACUAGCGAGGCUGCAUUUUGCCGAUGUAGUGCAAAUUGGGUUGGGAAGCAGUGGUCCUCGAAAUCAUCAGGAACUGCGCCCACUUUUCAAAUCUGGACGACAGCUCCUUCUCUAGUAGAGGCUGAGGCGGCGGUCCCAGUCCCAGUUGACAAAAUUUCAAUUUUCUAUGUAACCGUGUCGGACUGUCGGGGUUGUUCUUAUUAAUUUCUGGUACUCAUUGGGGAGCUUGAUAUUUUUUCUUUAGGAUUACCUCACAACAUGGCAGACCCAUUUCUUACCAAAGAUCCAUCAGUAGAUGAUAUUGAUGGCAUUGACUGGACUUCCGAAGAUGAACGAGAAAUUGAGGACAUACCUGCAAUGCGAGCGGCCACUGCUAACAUUGAGGCAAGCUCAUCAUCAGUUAGUCCAUGCUCCAAGUUGAUUCAGAAUUUUGUUGGGAUGGGAUUUUCUAGAGAAUUAGUUGAAAAAGCCAUUGAACAAAGUGGAGAAGACUCGGAGUCUAUAUUAGAAACUCUUCUAACACUCUCGGUUCUUGAGACUUCUCCUUCUGAACAACCAUAUGAUAGCUGUCCUCAAGAACAACCUUGUGUCAAUGAAAAUGAUAGCUCUUCAGGAUAUGAUGAGAAUAUUUUUGAGGAUUUCUCCGAUACCAAUAGUUGGUCUGAAGAAGAUGUGGAAGACAUGGUUUCCAUGUCUGACAAGGAGAGAACUCUGUUGUUUCUCACGAAGAUGGGAUACCCUGCAGAGGAGGCUACAGUGGCCAUGGACCGAUGUGGGCCAGAAGCCACAAUUGAGGAAUUGACAGAUUUCAUGUGUGCUGCUGAAAUGGCAAGAUCAGAAUCUACAUAUUGGCAAGAAGAUGAUAUCAAACCAAAGUUGAAGAGCUUGAUAGGUGAAAAUGGUAAACAUAAGAGGAAAAUGUAUUCCUAUGAGAUGUAUAAGAAGAAGAAGCAAAGGGGUAUGUUUGAUGAAGAGGUUGAGACGAUUCGGCUGCCAAAACCAAUGGUGGGGUUUGGGGUGCCAACAGAGAUAUGCCCACAAUUUCAAGGAAGAACUCUUCCAGAGCAAGCACUUGGGCCUCCCUACUUCUAUUAUGAGAAUGUUGCACUAGCUCCAAAAGGUGUUUGGGACACUAUCUCUCGAUUUUUGUAUGAUGUUGAACCAGAGUUUGUGGACUCAAAGUACUUUUGUGCUGCUGCACGGAAAAGGGGUUACAUUCAUAAUCUGCCAGUUGAGAAUCGGUUUCCUCUACUUCCCAUUCCUCCACGCACCAUACAUGAAGCGUUGCCGUUAACCAAGAAGUGGUGGCCCUCAUGGGAUACUCGCACGAAGCUCAAUUGCUUACAAACUGCUAUCGGAAGUGCUAGACUCUCUGAUCGCAUUCGCAAGGCUGUGGAAGCCUAUGAAGGCGAGCCGCCUUUGAGGGUGCAAAAGUAUGUACUUGACGAGUGUAGGAAAUGGAAUUUAGUGUGGGUGGGAAGAAACAAGGCUGCCCCUCUUGAACCGGAUGAAAUUGAAUAUCUCCUUGGCUUCCCAAAGAACCAUACAAGAGGCGGUGGGAUAAGUAGGACUGACAGAUACAAGUCGCUUGGCAACUCUUUCCAAGUUGAUACUGUGGCAUAUCAUUUGUCGACAUUGAAGGACUUGUUCCCAGGAGGGAUGAAUGUGUUGUCUCUCUUCUCUGGGAUCGGAGGUGCUGAGGUUGCCCUGCACAAGCUUGGGAUUCGGCUGAAGACCGUGGUCUCAGUCGAGAAGUCUGAGGUGAACCGAAACAUCGUGAGGUCAUGGUGGGAGCAGACCAAUCAAACCGGGAACCUGAUUGACUUUGAUGAUGUGCAGCUGUUGAAUGCAGACAGGUUAGAGCAGCUGAUACAUUCUACAGGGGGGUUUGAUCUCGUGAUCGGGGGAAGCCCGUGCAAUAACUUGGCUGGGAGCAAUAGGGUUAGCAGGGAUGGACUUGAAGGUAAAGAGAGCUCCCUUUUUUACGAUUACAUUCGGAUUCUGGAUCUGGUUAAGAGUAUUAUGUCCGGAUACCAGUAGAAAAGGAGCUUAAACAUUUGUUCAUUACAUUUAUUGAAUUCAUUUACCCAUAACGUAUGUUAAUUCUAAAACAACGUAAAGUUCAAUCUAAAACAACGUAAUCUUCAUUCUAAAACAAUGUAGUAUUCAUUCUCAAACAACGUAGACCAAAAUAGUGUUCACUCCGACAUAUAUGUAGUUAGUGAAUUGCGUCUCCUCGGCCCUCUUGAAAUCUACAAUUCCAUAUUUCCAUGUCGUCAGCCUUUUUUCUUCUCUUUAGAAGACAAGACCAAACCCGAACGGCAGCGCCGGCGAAAAACUAGGAUUUCCUCAUCCAAUGCCCGGCAAUUGUAGAUCCAGGCUCCCGUUUCUCAUUAAAUAAAAAGGGGAAGGUUCC